AUGGCAAGAAUAAUUUGCAUUUCGGUGGUACUGGCGGCACUAACUCACUCAGCGUAUAGUUUGAGGGAAGACCUCGAAUACCAGCUGGAUGUGCUAGGAGACAACAAUUUGGAAAGGAUCGACAAGGAAGUAAUCGACCCAGGGGUGACAGUGUUUAAGCCCAUUAACGAUGCAGAAAUCGGCGUCGUUAAGUACGGAGAUGAGACGAUCUGGAAAAGAUCGGGGAAGAAGCACCUUCUGCUCCUGAGGGUGUUCAAGGUGCUGGAAGAAGACAACUUUAUGAACCUGUUCUACCACGACGGAAAAAAGGUAUUCGCAAUGGUGUUUGCGAAAAACGGAGAAAAGUGGAAAAACACAGGCAAGUACCAGAUAAAGAACCCAGAGGAGGUAACGGGAGAGCCUUUGUCAAAACUGAGGAGUACAUUCCGCAAGGAGGCCUCAGAUGACUCAAGUGAGACAUCGCUGGACUCAAACGGGGACGAGGAGGAAAACGCAGUGGAUCUGGACCUCGGCGGCUACGUCGAGGACAUAGCGAAGGUCAAGGAGUACUACUCGACGGAGGUCUUCACGACAGAGUACAGGCCGUUCGGAGACAAGGCGGUGAAGUCAGUCACGGACAAGUACCAGACCAUCUGGAAGUUUGAGCCAGGAAGCAAGCCGCUGAGGCAGAUGUUCCGCUACAGCAAGAAGGGCUACGUGCCGCUCUUGCACAUCUGCACGGGAAUGGAGCCUUUCGACUCGGGAGAUAAGUACUACGAGCGGGUGAAGGACGAGUGGAUGCCAGUGAACAUGGAUCAGUUUUUAAAGAGGCUGACAUACGCAAUGACGGGGGAAAUUGACCCACAGUUCGACCAGGGGCCGGAGGUGUAUGAGGAGCAGCCGCCGUUUGGAGCGUUCGCGACGGGCAACAACCUGGCGCACAAGUCGACCUGGUCGGAGUACCCCUACAGCAUGCCAUACGUUCCCACGAGCACUAAGUCAGUGGAUUCAGAGCACGGUAGACAGAGAUCGGGAGCUGACAGCCUGAAGAAGAGUGUGCAGGAAGUGCCCGUAGCAGGCAGCCAGGAAUCGCAGCCAGAGAGUGGAUCCUACGAAGGACCGCUGUCCCAGAGUUCUCUGAAGGAGGCUGAGGGCGACAGCUCACUCGGUCUGAAAAGCGAUAGCUCACUGAACAGGACUUCAGGAAGCUAUCCGGAAGAAAACGAGAGGAGGAUGCUCGACGUUGGACUUGACGACGACAUCAUUGACCUGACCAAGGGCUACGAGAUGGUCUCUCUCCCGAGUGGGCCGAUGAGCCUAUCGAGUAACCCAGAUCUCAAGAGUAACAGCGCACUCAUCUGA